UUUAAUAACUUUAUUGGUCAUUUGACCAGCUAACAAAAUACUUCUGGGUUGCUUUUACACUUUUAGAGAGUGUAGAGUAUGUCUUUUUCUGUAUUGCUUUCUAAUGCGCCACGAAGUUUAUUGUCAGUAUAACUCGUACCAAAUGUACGUCAUUAAAAGCCCUAGUUUAUUGUUUGUAGAUCCGCUAACGCAUUUAGAACAUUAAAUAUAUAUAGUAGCAAACUACAAAGUCGGGGGCAAUGUUUUGAGUCGAUACCAAAGAUUACACCGUGCCAGCUAAAGCGGAGCUGUAUAAAAUGUCCCGGUUGCAACUGCGCUUCCUCCUCAGGCGAGCCCUGUCUGGCUCUGGCUGUCCGAGAUAUUCCCUGCCCGGCUCCGGCUGCCCGGGAUGUUUCCUGCCGCGGGUCACGUGCUUUAGAGGUGAGCCCAUUGGCACAGAUUUUAAUAUUAUAACAUCAACAAUGCAAUAUAAUUUAGACAAAAGGAAUAUAUACACAUCGGUUGGUAAACAUUACUUCUUUGAUACUCAUGCAGUUGUACAGCUUCUGGAGGCUAAUGGAUUCUCUGCUGAGCAGUCGGAAAUUGUUGUUUCUGCAUUAGUAAAAAUCCUUAAUGUGAACAUGAAUCUGAUACACAAGGAUAUGGUUACGAAAGAGCAGCAGGAGAUCAGUCUCCAGCAGGUCAUGUCACUCAUAGCAUCUGUCAAAAAGGAUAUGAUCAUUUUGGAAAAGAGCGAAUUUUCUGCAUUAAGAACACAAAAUGAGAAAGUGAAAAUUGAACUUCAACAACUAAAGAAGCAAUUAAAUGAUAGCAUUGUAAAAGUCCGUGCAAGCAACAAACUGGAUUUUAAUUUAGAAAAAAGCAGAGUUAAAGAAAUGCAUGCUGACAAUGAAAGGAAGCUGUUGGAACUUAGGACGUCGAUAGUAGAACUGCAUUCUCAACAAGAUAGGGGACUGACACAAACCAAAAGAAAGAUUGACACAGAAGUUUCUGGUGUAAAAACCAUGCAAGAAUCCCAUAAACUUGACACCAUUAAAUAUUUGGCAGGGUCUGUGUUUACAUGCCUUACAAUAGCUCUGGGAUUUUACCGUCUGUGGAUAUAAAAGAGCAGCACAAUUUUGUUUGAGAAUGUUUUUUUUUCCUGUCUAUAUUUUUAUUAUCUAAUUCAUAACUAAAGAAUGGAAGAGGACUACACAAGAACAUAAGCUGUGUGGCAUGAAUGUAUGCAAAUACCACGCAGACAAAUCAUAUUAAUAACAUGUGGCAGUCAUUGCAUUCUUGUCAGUAAUUAUCAGAUUGUACACAAGAAUGUCCUAAAAAUUAUAACCUUGCAAAUGGUGCUUAGUGAUGUCAUGGGUUAUAAUUGGUUUUUAUCAUGUCAUGUGUUUUGCACAACCCACUUAAACAUGUAUUAAAGUCCUCCAGACUGGGGAAGUACACACCUAUAUUUCCGAAGUUUCCCUGUCUUGAAACCUAAGGUGCGUACAGAGGGGAAAGACACGGGUACAAGUCGGCUGCAGGUCCUACAACAUUUUGUAGUCAAGACUUGGGUGCAGGUUGAGGAUUUGCCAAUUAGGGUCAGGUGUGGGUUGAGUUUUUCCUGACCCACACAUCACUAAAAUUCAGGGGGGAGGAACAUAGGUGUCCUCUCCACUCACUCCUACCUUGCGCAUCAUUCUGAGGCACAAAGGUAUAAGCAGAAGAAUCCACAGCACUAAGGGAUGUGCUUUUGUACCCCAAGAGUUAUAAAUUACCACUAUUAUGUGAGAGGGAUGUUUGGAAGAUACAAUACAUAUUCUUGUGCUUUUCAUAUGAAAUGUGGUUUAUAGUAUUUUGUUUAUAUGCUCAUGCAGAUAAUAUGUUCAUAUGAUGCAAAAACAUAACAACGAACAAAGUAGAAGCUCAGUAAAUGGCUUUCUUUCAUGUAUAAGUCAGUGGUUGGUAACCUAAUUUCAGAGGAAAUAUUUCCAAAAUUGAAUUGGUAUCCACUGUGUUCUUUGCUGCAGCACAUUUAUAAGGGCUAGUUAAUUUAUUUCAUGGUGAAAAUUGCUAAAAAAAAAUCUAAGCACCAUACUGUAUGUGCCAUAAGCCAUAUAACGACUGUCACGCUGCUUUCAUUUGGAUACAGUUAAAAUUACCUUAUUGGAGCCAUAUGAGCAAUUUGCAAAUUGUAUAAAUAUUUCACUGAGAAAGGAAUGAAAAGAAUUAAAGAAUGACUGAAAAACUG